AUGGACGCCAACGGGAAGGCAUACGAGGACUAUUGGGGACCUUCGCAGAAGAUGCUAGGUGACAUGAAAUUUCUUGAGAGUUUGAAGAAUUACGAUAAGGACAAUAUUCCACCAGCAAUCAUGAAAAGAAUUCGAGAGAAGUACAUCCCGGAUCGGGAGUUCGACCCCGUGGUGAUAGCGAAGGUGUCCUCGGCCUGCGAGGGUCUGUGCCGCUGGGUGCGGGCGAUGGACGUCUACGACAGGGUCAUCAAGGUGGUGGCCCCGAAGAAGGCAGCUCUGGCGGAGGCCGAAGCGGAACUGCAGGUGCAGAUGAACACGCUGAACGAAAAACGAGCUCAGCUGCAGGGAGUGCUGGAUAAGCUACAGGCGCUAAACGACGAGUUCGCUGAAAUGACGCGCAAGAAGAAGGGGCUGGAGGACGAGAUAGACUUGUGCUCGACAAAACUGUCCCGCGCCGAGCAGCUGAUCGGCGGGCUGGGCGGGGAACGCGACAGGUGGACGCAGCUGGCGUUCCAGCUGCAGCAACUGCUGGACAACAUCAUCGGGGAUGUUUUGCUUUCGGCUGGAUUCAUCGCAUAUUUGGGGCCUUACACGGUGAGCUACCGGCGAGAGGUCAUCCAGAUAUGGAACCAGAGGACCAAGAUGCUUGACAUUCCGUGCUCCGAUACGUUUUCGCUAAUAUCGACCCUCGGUGAGCCGGUGGUGAUCCGCGCUUGGAACAUCGCCGGCCUCCCAGUCGACGCGUUCUCCAUCGAGAACGGCAUCAUAGUGGAGAAGUCGCGCCGCUGGCCGCUCAUGAUCGAUCCCCAGGAGCAAGCCAACAAGUGGGUGAAGAACAUGGAGCGCGAGAACCACCUGAAGGUGAUAAAGCUGACGGACCCGAACUACACUCGGGUGCUGGAGAACGCGAUCCAGAUGGGCCUCCCGGUGCUGUUGGAGAACAUUCGGGAACAGCUCGACGCAGUGCUGGAACCGGUGCUGCUUCGGAAUGUGUUUAGAUCAGGCGGGAUGGACUGUUUGAAGUUCGGCGAUAAUAUUCUGGAGUACAACGACAGCUUCCGUUUCUACAUCACCACUAGACUCAGCAAUCCGCAUUAUUUGCCCGAGAUCGCUGUCAAGGUGACGAUGCUAAACUUCAUGAUAACGCCGCAAGGCCUGGAGGACCAGCUGCUUGGAAUCGUGGUGGCGCAAGACCGGCCCGAAUUGGAACUUAAGAAGAACCAACUCAUCGUAGAGGGCGCUAACAACAAGAGGACUUUGAAAGAAAUCGAAGACAAAAUUCUAGAGGUGCUCUCGUCCGCCGGCAACAUCCUCGAGGACGAGUCUGCGAACCAGAUCCUCUCCUCGUCGAAGCUGCUCUCGAUCGAGAUCGAGGCGAAGCAGGCUGCCGCCGCCGUCACCGAGCUGGAGAUAGACGAGGCGCGCCGCCUCUACGUGCCCGUCUCGGAGCACAGCUCGGUCCUGUUCUUCUGCAUAUCGGAUCUGGCGACCAUCGAUCCGAUGUACCAGUACUCCCUCAACUGGUUCAUCAACUUGUACAACCAGGCGAUAGUGAACUCACCGAAGAGCGACGACCUGCCAGUUCGCCUGGAGGGCCUCAACAACUACUUCACGCGUAGCAUCUACGAGAACGUUUGCCGCAGCCUCUUCGAGAAGGACAAACUGAUAUUCUCUCUCGUUCUAACACUCGGCCUACUCAGGCCUAAGGGCGAGAUAGACGACGACUUGGUGACUUUCCUCCUUACCGGCGGUGUGGCAUUGGAGAACCCUUACGAGAACCCAGCCCCAAGUUGGCUCUCCGAGAAGUCCUGGUCUGAAAUAGUGCGCAGCAGCAACCUUAAAGGAUUGGAAGGAUUCAAGGAAAACUUUGAGUCGAAUUUGAAGAGCUGGAAAGACUUCUACGACCUGUCCGCUCCACAGGAGAGCGACUUACCAGCGCCUUAUGGUGACAUUAAAGGGAUUCCCAAACUCAUUAUGUUUAGGUGCAUUCGGCCCGACAAGCUGAUACCGCUGGUGCAGCAGUACGUGGCGGAGUCACUGGGCCGCAGUUACAUAGAGCCGCCGCCCUUCGACCUGCAGCGCUCGUACGAGGACAGCAACUGCUGCUCGCCGCUCAUCUUCAUCCUGUCGCCCGGCUCCGACCCCAUGUCGGGCCUGGUCAAGUUCUCCAUGGAGAGGAAGGUCGUCACCUUCGAGACCAUCUCGCUCGGCCAGGGCCAGGGCCCGAUAGCCGCGAACAUGAUAGCGCAAGCGAUCACCACCGGCGGCUGGGUGGUGCUGCAGAACUGCCACGUGAUGGACUCGUGGAUGGGCGAGCUGGAGCGCAUCUGCGCCGAGGUGAUCACGCCGCAGCAAACCCACGCGCAGUUCCGGUGCUGGCUGACCUCGUACCCGAGCAAGGCUUUCCCGGUCACCGUGCUGCAGAAUGGCGUGAAGAUGACCAACGAGGCGCCGAAGGGCCUCAAGAACAACAUGUACCGCUCGUACACAACGGACCCGAUCAGCGAGCCCGAGUUCUACAUCUCGUGCCCGCGCACCGAGGAGUGGCGGCGGCUGCUAUUCGCGCUCUGCUUCUUCCACGCGCUGGUGCAGGAGCGACGCGCUUUCGGACCCCUCGGGUGGAACAUCGCCUACGAGUUCAACGAGAGCGACCUCAGGAUCUGCAUCAUGCAGCUGCAGAUGUUCCUGACGGAGUACGCGGAGACGCCGUUCGACGCGCUGAACUACCUCGCCGGCGAGUGCAACUACGGCGGCAGGGUGACGGACGACAAGGACCGACGGCUCAUACUCUCGCUGCUCUCCAUCUUCUACAACGAGCAGGUCACCACGGACCCCGACUACUCGUUCUCGCCGAGCGGCGACUACCGGAUCCCGCCCAGCAUGGACUACAACUCCGUGCUGGAGCACAUCAAGGCGCUGCCGAUGAUCGCCAAGCCCGAGGUGUUCGGGCUGCACGAGAACGCGGACAUCACAAAGGACAACAAGGAGACGGCGGCGCUUCUGUACGGGUGCCUGCUGACGCAAGCGUGCGCCAGCAGCGGCGCGGGGGCGCAGGGCGGGGAGGGCGGCGGGGCGGCGGACCUCACGCGGGAGCUCUUGGCGCGGCUGCCGAACGUCUACGACGUAGCGGCCGUAGCGCGCGCCUACCCCGUACAGUACUACAACAGCAUGAACACGGUGCUCAAGCAGGAGCUCAUCCGCUACAACCGGCUGCUGGUCGUGGUGCGACGCACCCUCCACGGGGUGAACCUGGCGGCGCAGGGCCUGGCCAUCAUGAGCGCCGAGCUGGAGGAGUGCGCGGACGCCUUCCUCAAGGGGCUGGUGCCGGCCGCCUGGAUGGCCAAGUCCUAUCCCUCGAUGAAGCCGCUCGGCUCCUACAUGACGGAUUUCCUUGCGAGGUUCCUCUCUCCCCUAUUUUACCGUGGCAGAGGCUAUGCUGUUGCACGGACGGGCAGCCCUCACGGGAAGGGCCACAGCGGUGUGGGUACGACGGUAUACACCGUA